UUUGGAUUUGAAUACGAAACAAAAGUUUUUCGCUCUUAGAUUCUACACGCCUUAAUUAUUUUCAAAUCUUUAGGAGUAACUUUUUUUUGGGGGACAAAAGUGAAUGUUGAAAAAUGCCCACAAAGAUCACUGUAAAGAUUUAGGCAGUUAUUUGAGCCGCCAAAAACGCAGUCCAACCCAGAUGUCCAACAUAUAUCUGGCUGACACCCCAACUAUCAGCAGACCGCAGUUCAUCAACAACUGGUUUGCACUUUGCAGUACUUUUGAAACUUUGGGAAAUCAUAUUCUUCCCUCUGCAACAAGAAUUUAACCCCCAAAUUUGCAUCCACCAUAAAUGGAUUCUCUCAUCUCCAACUUCAAACACCAAAUCUUCCCGCCAUUUCUCUUUACCAGAUUCAAGUCACCAUGCAUUACUCAAAAUCCAACAAAAGUUCUAAAACUAGCAGCAGUAGGGGCAGUACUUCUGCUACUAGUGGAGAAGGCGCUUCCGCUGCUGCUGCUACGGGGCGUCACCCAGUUUAUAAGGGAGUAAGGCGUCGGACUAGUGGGAAAUGGGUGUCUGAAAUUAGAGAGCCAAGGAAGCCCAAUAGAAUCUGGCUCGGUACAUUUCCUACUGCUGAAAUGGCAGCUAUUGCUUAUGAUGUUGCCGCACUUGCCCUAAAAGGCCAAGAUGCAGAGCUUAACUUCCCCAAUUCUGCUGCUUCUUUGCCUGUGCCUGCCUCAACCUCCCCACGUGAUAUCCAGGCGGCUGCAACCUCUGCAGCCGCAGCUUUAGGGGCUGCAAACGAUGCUUUAUUUGCGAAUGAGGAUAAUGAGGCUAGAAACAAUCCAAUAGUUCCUGAGAAACCGACAACUGAUGAGUUUGUUGAUGAGGAUUUGAUCUUUGAUAUGCCUAAUGUCCUUACCAAUAUGGCUGAAGGGAUGCUUCUUAGUCCUCCUCGCUUGGACAUUGCUCCUGAUCAUGCUCCCUCUGGUAACGCUGGAGAUGAUGAGAACCUUUGGAAAUUCCCCUAAUAUAAAAUCUAUACUAAAAAAAUUAUUAUUAAUAAAAAAAACUCUCCCCAAUAUUCUACACCUUCCGAAAAAAAAAAAAAGAUCAGUAGUCACUGUUUAGUAUAUGAUAGUGUCUAGCAUGAACUAGACCACAAACAUGGGAUGAGUGUUUGAGUGGUUUGUUUUUUCUUGUUUUGUACAGGAGUUUCUAUUUAUGGGAGUGCUGUUGUUGUCUCACCUCGAUACUAUAGUGUAAUGUUUGCUACCAUCCGUACAAUGUGCACCCUAUAUGAAGCUAUAGCAAUAAAACGUUUUGAGCUGCUUGUUCAGUAGCUGAAGCAUCUUUCAUAGUAUGUAUU